AUGUCUGCAGCACUUAUCGCUUCUCCGACCUCGCCGUCGACGGACAGCAUCGUAACACCUUCGACAUCGGCCAAAUCUUCAGCAACAAGCACCCCACUGAUCAAGACUGCCUUGCCGGUGCCAAGCACCCUCGCUGUAGCAGCCAAACCUCCGGUGUUGACCACUCCUUCGUCCACGAGCGCCCCAUUAAUCAAGACGACUACUCAACUGCCGAGCGCAUCUGAAAUCGCCCCCAAGCCAAGCGUGAUCGCUCCUACCAACAGCUCACUCGCCAAGGCCCCCGCAACAGGAUCCAGUACCUUUGCGGUAGUCGCCAAGCCCGCGGCGACGACGACUUCGUCAGCGACCAGCGUCCCACUAAUCAAGUCCAUCCUCUCCAGCACAACUCCAAUAGCCAAGCCGAACGUGGCUACUCAUACCACCAGUACGGCAUUGAUCAAAACCACCGUUUUAGCCUCGAGCACGCUUGCCAUGAUCCCCAGACCUGCCGUCUCUCCGCAAACAGAACCCUCCAGCUCGUUGGAAGAUUCCUUUGCAAUCGCCGACUGGGAGGUAAUCACGACGUGGUCGCCGCCGUCUAGCACCUCAUCUGCCGAACCGGCUUCGUCCACAACAAUCGUCUACGUCGAACAAGCAAUUAUUGUCCUUGUGGAUGAUCAAGGCGUCCCGAUCGAGACGCAGACUGGCUCUUUGGAAACCGUCUCGAAGACCACGACCACUCCCAGUGGCGGCGCUACGUCCAGCCGACCCCCUUCGAAGCGCGGUUGGUAUCAUAACCAUCCCCACAGGCAUUACCGCCACGGACACUCCCAUUGA